AUGAACAAAAACGGAACAGCUAAAAUGAAUGAUAAUCAAAUUAGAGCAGAAGGUAGAAGGUUAUUUAAACGCUUCUAUAACAUUCCUGAUGGUGUUAAUCCUAAAACUCGUAGAAGCUAUUUAAAUGAAGCAAUAGAUGCAUAUGAAGGGUUUGACAUUUCAUCAGAAAGUGAGAGAUUAGCGAGAAUGUUAAAUGUUAAUAUUGAUUUCUAUUAUUGUGAUCCUCAACCAGAAGACGUGGACAUAAAUAAGGUAGACUUUCCAUUAGUGGAAUCAAUAAUGAUAGAUCCAGAAUUUGAAACAGUAAAUAUUUUAUUAACACAGAGUCCAUGUGGAAAACUUCACGCUGACAGAAUAACAGACGUAGAAGCACUCACCGGCUAUAAAGUUUGUCCAUAUUGUAAAGAAGAAGUUUAUUCUAUCCGCGAUGAUCCAGAAAGGAAAAACCAAAGAAGAUUUUUAAAGCAUUGUGAGAAAUGUAAAGAAAAUAAUGGGAGAUUAAUUCAAGAC